AUGACGUCGCGAUCGAGCCUUCCGUCCCUCCUCCUCCUCCCCGCACCCCCGGCGCCAGCAUCAGUGCCGUCACUGAGUGCUGCUUACCGUCCCUCGCUUCGUGCCGCGAUUCUUCGAGCAAGGUCCCCGACCGCAGCAGCAUUUCUAGUGGUUGCACUUGUUGCACCCAUCUUGACCGGUUCUUCAAGGAGGUCCAAGGUGCUCGAUUGGAAAGCAUCCCAGUCGCUCCUCGCUGGUCUCUAUGGUCUGAUCGCCGUCAUAUGUGCCGAGGACGAUAUCGCUAGCGAUAUUGGCGCGGGCAAAGGCGCAGUCGACAUUCGCAUCGUCCUGGUUGACAGCGAUGAACCAAACCGUGGCUCGGCUUCCCCUUUGUCUCUGGAAAGCAACAACACCGUCGUCGUCAACCUGCGAACCUUCGCCCACGCAUAUCACCCAUGGAAUCUCAUCAUGCAUAUCGACGGGGAGGCGGGGCACAGCCUUCGUGCCUCGUUCCUCGAGCACGCGCAGGGCAGACAAGUGAUACGCCAAGACCAGUUCUUUACCGCCGAAGGAGGCAUCAGCAUCAAGCUCGGUCAUGACGCCCUGAAUGCGCAAAAGAGUGCCGACGCGCAUCGAGGCUAUCAAACUGUGUGUCUCGGUGGCACUUUUGACCACCUACACCCUGGCCACAAACUGUUACUCACGGCCGCGCUUCUCCUGCUCAAAGUCCCAGAGGAAGGCUCUGGAGCGGCCUGCAAGCUUAUCGUUGGCGUCACAGGUGAUGCUUUGCUGCGGAACAAGAAGUUUGCGCAGUACGUUCAGCCGUGGUCACAGAGAGCAGCAGCCGUCGUCGAUUUUGUCGCAUCUGUCGUGAGUCUGCACGAGUCAGGAUGGACUGGCAAGCCAUUCCCAGGGCAGCAGGUAGAGAAUGAAUCCUCUAUCAGCGUGGAAGCAUUCUUCCGAGAGAGGACGAUCCAUGUCCACUGCGUCGAAAUCCAGGACGCAUUUGGUCCCACCAUUACAGACGAGCAUGUCGAUGCUCUGGUCGUAUCCGGCGAGACGCGAUCGGGAGGGCAGGCUGUCAAUGACAAGAGAACAGAAAUGGGGUGGAAGGCGCUGGACGUGUACGAGGUGGACGUUCUAGGCUCGGCAGCCUUGGAGGACGCAGAAAGCGGACGCAGCGGCUAG